CAAUACACAAUAAUCGCUUCAAAUCUUGUUGGCAUCACAGCGCACGCCAGACUGCUGCUCGUGCUGGCCAAGCGACUCGCUCGUCAACAGGUUCUUGCCCGCUUGUGCUGCUUUAGUUGUUAUCCUACGAUCAGACGUGUAAAUAAAAUACGAAUUCAGUAUCAACUGUUAACGAAGGGCGCUUGAGGGCACAUCCAGCUCGCUCGACCGGAAAGGAUGGCCGCUUGGGGACAGGGCGACCCACGUUGGCUGGUAGAGCACAGGGAUGACGGCAAGAAUGUGAACGGCUGGCAUUGGGAGGAGAAGGACCGCAAGGAGUGGACCAAGGCGCGGCUUGCCGAGCUGUUCUCUGGGCAGGUGCUGUUCAGUGCGCCCGAGGGCGGCGCGGAGGAGGGGCAGCCGGCGGAGCUGCGGGUGGAGCGGCUCAAGGACCUGACCGGAGAUGCCUCCAUCACCACCCGCAAGGGCAACAAGCGCUUCGCCGUGUUCGAUCUCACGGUCAGCCUGGCCUGGGAGGGCCGCCUGGCGGGGGAGGGAGGCGCCACGGCCCGCGGUGAGAUCCGUGUGGAGGAGGUGCACUCCACGGGGGACGAGGACGACUACGUGUACAGCGCCACGGCGGACGGCAGCGGGCCGGCGCAGGACAAGCUCAAGGCCCUGGCGGCCAGUGCGGCGGUGCGGGCGGCGGUGUUCGCCACCCUCGCCCAGGUCAUUGGCGAGCUGAAGGACCAGGCGUGAGUGGGGGAGGGAGGGGCGUGGAGGAGAUCGUGGGAGAGAGGAGGAGAUAGAGGGACAGAUAGAGGGAGUGAGGAGGGGGGAGGAGGCCGGCAGGGGGCGGAGCGGUGACAGAUGGGCGGUUCCCAGGGUGCCACCUGGGCUGUGUGCACAAGGAAGGCAAAGCGCAGAGACAGUGCUAUGUGUGUGUAUGUGUGUAUGUGUGUAUGUGUGUGUAUGAGCGGGCCCACGGGUUCGCGUGUAGCCCUGGGUCUGCCAGCGAGGUGGGUUUGGGUUUGCGUGUGCGUGUGGGCGGGAUGUGGUGUUUCGGUGCGCUGCGGUUAACAAAGAGGCAGAGACAAGGAGAGCGUGUGAGCGAGCUUUACGUUGAUAUGGCAAUGACGAUGACGGAUUCGGUGCGUGGGGUGCAUGUGGUGUCGGGCCGCUUGCUAGGGCAGGAGCUGUCGCACCCGAGGGAUGUCGAGCGAGGGUUAGGCAGGCAUUAAAAGAAACAGGAGACAGGUCAGUAACAGCGGUUGCUAAGACGCAAAAACGCGCAGUUGUGUGUGUGUGUGUGUGUGUGUGUGUGUAUAUAUGCGUGUGUGUGCGUGCAGCUGCGGUACUAGCGCCAAUCCACUGGUGUGCGGCUGUGCAUGUCCAGUUGGAGGCGAGCGAACUAGAAGGAGUGUUUGAGGCAGGCGCAGGUACCAGUCAGGAGGAGGUGGAGGAGGCGGAGGGUGAAGGCUGCACCGGUGUGUGUGGGCAUGGUGUGGGCCGCACAGGCCUGGAGCACUGGGUCACUUUGGGGGCCCAGAUUGUUUUGAACCA